AUGAAAUUCCUGCUUCUUGUUGUGACAGCAGUGGUCACUUCAACUGCCUUUCCUCAGAACCACAAUAUCCCAGCACCGUCCGGUUCGACCUUUAGCGCCGUGUACAUCCUAAAUAAACAGCCAAGAGAGAAUCAGAAACUGAUUGAAGUUCAAGCACCGCCGCCAUCGGAACCCGAGGUUUACUUCAUCAACUAUUCUGAAGGCGAGAACCCAAUUCUUCCGAACGGUAUAGAUCUUCAGACAGCGUUGAAUGCGGCAAUUCAGGGCAGCACUGCCAUAGUCGAUCUCGAUGAAGGCGUCAAAGAAAUUGAUGGAGAAAUUGCCGCUGCAUUUGAAAACACCAAAAUUGGAGCCAGUAGUAGUUUCCUAAGUAAUCAGGGCAGCCGCCCCAUCAGUACUGAUCUAGAGGGCAAUGUUGGUGUUGGAGAAAAUGGUUUUCGUGUUGUAGGUAAAAAUGGUAUUAGAUCUAGGUUUGGUAUCGGAGCUAUUGGUCGUGUAGAAGGUAGUAGUACCACUGUAAGUGAUGCUGGUGUUGCCAAUGGCGGCAGUUCCACAGGCAAUGGUGUUUCCCAAGUCGGCGGCUUUAUAGGAUUUGACACUGAUAUUACUGAAAGUAGUAGUUUUAUAGACGAUGGUGAUGUUUCCUUAAGAAAUGCAGGUUUUGGAAGUAGUGGACGAGAUGAGAACAGUAGGAGUACUAGCAGGAUUCCAAGACUUUAUGGGGCACCUUAA